AUGAUGAUGAUGAUGAUGAUGAUGAUGAUGAUGAUGAUGAUGAUGAUCGAUGAUGAUGAUGAUGAUGAUGAUGAUGAUGAUGAUGAUGAUGAUGAUGAUGUUGAGGAUGAUGAUGGUGAGGAUGAUGAUGAUGAUGGUGAGCCUCAGCUGACUAGCAGCCUCAUUUACGAGCAUUUGCUUCGAGUUCCGGGUGUCCCUCAGUUAACGCGCUGUGAUUGUGUGUGUCUUCCUGUUUCUACUGUUGAGGCUUGCACCCAGGACCUGGAUCUUCGGUGA